AGCGUGCACUAACAUCUCUGUUGCACACAUCCAUUUUAAGCAUUAUAUUGCUAUCUUUGUUUGGCAAAAGCGCAGAUGGCUGACAAGAAAAGCAAAAACUAGCGUAGCAACAACCACUGUGACAACCGACUACACACCAACGAACGACAAUCGAAUCGUCUUUCUUGCACGAAGCAUACAACACACGAACGAAACGAAACGAAUUCAGCGCACCGCAUAGAAAAAGCAAACGGCAGCCAUUGUGGUUCACCGACGACAGAAGAAGACAAAAGGACGUAUACAGCAGCUCGAAUGCGCUGAUUAAAAAAGAAAUUUCUGAGAUAUUGCAAUAAAAUUUCACAUAAGAAAAUCUAGUUAUUUCGUUUUCUUAUUGUGUUAAUGUUUUUUAUAACGGUUUAUCUUGUUUUGUGCGUGCAAUUAUUAUGGAAAUACUUUCGUUAAUUUGGUAAAAGUGCGAAAAUAUAUCGCCUAUAGACCGAAAGUGCAGAGCAUAGCUACGUACAUAAGUAUUGUCAAACGCAGGCAAAAUUAAUGUGGAUAAAGUGACGUGAAUCGUGUAUAACUUUGGUGAAUUGAACGGAAUACGGAAAAUUUCCUAAUAAGUAAAGAGUGCAGCAGACGCUGCACUAGACGCUCCUAAUUUUGACACACACCCAAAAGUAGGAGAACUCAGCGAAGAUGGAGCGCAAAAAGGUACUUGAGCUGGACAAGAUCUGUCGCGUAUGCAUAGCAGAACGUAAAGAUAUGCGUCCACUAUUUAGUGAGAAGAUCGCCGAGAUGUUAAUGGAGUGUGCCACUGUGAAUAUUGAAAGCACUGAAGGUUGGCCCGACAAAAUUUGCGUGCAAUGUGUGCAUGCUGUAUCGCGUUGUCAUGCGUUCAAGAGACAGGUUGAGCGUAGCGAUAAAGAACUGAGGGAAUACAUUAAAAGUUUAACAGUACGUGUGGUCAUAGAAGAAACGAAUGAUAUGAAAUUGGAGACGACGCCGCAAAAAAUGUUGUCACAGAAGCCACCCAAAUUGCAACUAAUUCAACCGCAAGCGCAAUUUCAAUUACAGGCGCAGCAAAAUCAAUUACAGCUACAACAACAACAAAUAAUUUUACAGCCACAGCAACAGCAGCAGCAGCAACAACAAGCACAGCAGCAGCAGCAUCAGACGCAAAAUCAACAAUUACAGCAAGUGCAGCAUUUACAAGUGCAACAGCAACAACAACAGCAGCAACCGGGCAAACGUAAGGCCGUUAGUACGUCACGUAAAUCGCAAAGAUCUUCGAAAAAGCCACAUUUAUUGCCACAGCAGGUGCAGCAGCAACAGCAACAACAGCACCAACAACAACAAACGCUCGAGCAUGUGUCGCUACAAACAAUGGUGCAGAAUGCAACCCCACCGCGCACACAAGCGCAGCCUGCUACACAACAUAUGCAAACAACCCAAACGUCCUUACAUCAACAACCACAACCCCAGCAACUCAUUUCAACAACCGCCUUGCCACAACAAAUUGUACUACCUAAUGGGCAAAUAAUAACGACAGCGCAAAUUGUCACACACGCCGGACCGCCACAGAUUGCGCAGAUUAUUAGCACAUCGAAUGGUUCGGCGGUGCAGACAAACCCAGCCUCUAACACCGUUGCUGCGCAACCGCAAUUCACACCACAGAUUAUACAAACGUCUAACGGACAGACAUUACAGUUGAUACAGCAGCCGAAUGGGCAGCAAACAUUGCAGUUGGUGCACGUGAUGCCGCAGCGUACUAUAGCGACCACAGCGAAUGGCACAAGCGUUAUGGUAACCACCUCCGAAGAUGGUACCACGACAAUAGUCGAUGAUGAAUCUCUGAUUACGCCCGACGAGCAUCAUCUGAUCGAAGAUGAAGCUGAACUGGAAGAAGACGAUGACCAAGAACAAAUCUGUGAAACAAUUGUGGUGGAAGAUGAUCAGAUCACGCAUCAGCAGUUGCUUGCUAGCCAUCAUACAAUCGUAGAUGAAGAUAAUUUAUCGCAAAGCGAAGCACAAGAACUGGAGUACCUUGAAGAUGUAACGGUGACCACCUCGAAUGCAGGACAUUCACAUCAUCAUCAUCAUACGCAGCACUAUCAACAGUUGAGCGAUUGUGAUGGCGACGCAAGUCAACAGCAACAUAUACAACUACAUGACGAGGAUGAUAUUAUCGAGGAGAUACACAUGGAUGAGGAGGAAUUGCUCGAGGAUGAUGGUGCAGAUGUGAUGCAUGUGAUGGAGGGUGAUGGUAGCGAAUUUAUUAGUGAUGAGGAUGGUAGCCAACAACAUUUGGUUGGAGAGAACGGUGAUCCGUUGCAAUACACUGUGUUGGAAGCAGCCACCGACGAUGAAGAGCUCGUUGAGAGCGACGUAAAAGAAGUGCUACAAGCAGCUUGUGGUACGGAAAUGCAGCACGUAGUUGAUUUUAAUCAAACUAUAAGCAGUGUAGCAAGUGGUGGUGGUGGUGGAGGUGGCUCAGGUAGCGGCGCGUCGGUGGGCAGUCAAACACCAACACCCAAACGUCAACGUAAGUCGAAUUCCAAAGCUGUUGCCAAUUCACGUCAACUCGUUGCCACCGCCUCGUCGAUAGCGACGUCAGGUGCCGCCGACGAUUUGGAUAUCGAUCCGAAAUUCAUUGCUGAAAUCAUAAGUCAGCAAACGAGUUUGCUCGGCUCCGGGCGGCAUGUGUGCAAUUUGUGUCGCCAUGAGUUUAAACAAUUCAAAGCACUGCACAACCACAUGCAUCAGCAUUCGAAUUGGAUACGUGCAAAUUGCAAGAAGCAACCGCAGUGUGAAAUCUGCUUUAAGAGCUUCAAAGGUCCGGGCAUGUUGAAAAUGCAUAUGAAGACACAUCAAUCGGCGGCGCGCACACCUACCUGCAACAUCUGUAACAAGAGCUUCAAAUCAAAAGCGAUACUGUAUCGCCAUCGACAAACGCACCAGCUGCGCUCCUACGCGUGCGCCGUCGACAAUUGUCGUAAAACAUUCUCGAUGCCACAAACGCUGCGUACGCAUUCGGACAACAAGCACGCCAACUCGAAGCAGCCACGUUUCAAAUGUGGCGAGUGUAGUUUACAUUUCGAUGAUGUUGAUGUGCUGCAUACGCAUGUGCAGACGGGUGUACAUGGUGAUACGUUGUCAAUGGAGAAUUGUGAUGGUGGCGGUAAUAAUGGUGCGGGCGGUUCGGGUGGUGGCACCAUGGACGGUAAUAUGGGCGGUAAUACCAUAAUUGUCGUUACACAGGGUUAGUUGCGCGGCUGCUAAGCAGUCGAAGCGCACAUGCUCCCCACACGGCCGUUUUCACUCUCUCUCUCAAUGCCAGUUUUGUAAAUUUGAUUGGUUUCCUCGUCGAAAACGAAUGCUUUCCCAAUGUGCUAGAUUUAAUGUUUAAUUUGUUCAAAACAAAAUAAACAAUUCAACAUUAGAAUUAAAUAAAAUAUAGGAUUAUUUUUAAUAGCAACUAUUACAUUUAAAAAUUACAUAGAUAUGUAUUAAAUAAAAACCAACAAACAUAAAUACAUAUGAAUGAAGAAUGAAAUUAUUUUUAAAAUAUACACAAAAAUUUACAAACUAAUUCGUAAUUAUUGAAAUG